GCUGCAGCAGUAUAUCCAUAUAGCGCAGCUCGCGCGCGGCGCUAUAGAGUCCGUCUCUGUCUUGCUCCCGUUGGCGCGGCGGCCCGGCGGGUCGUGCUCUUGAUAUUGAAUCGGUCGGGCGGCAUCGGAGCCGCUCGGCGAACGGCGCAGUUUCCGCGAGUCCAUAACGGCUGGCCAGUGCUGCCCCCUAUGCCGCGGAGCCCGUAGCAGCUACGUCCCCUUUUCGCCGCCGUAGAGUUGGCAUGCCGCGACUCGUCGUAUCUACGGACUCGCAGUCGCAGUACCGUGUCCGAGCAUCAGGAGCAGCAGCAGCACGCCGCCCCGUGCGCGUGUUUGUGUGUGGGUGCGCGCGAGGUCGCAGCGAGAAUAAGCUAUACAUCAGUUACGGAGAGAGAGAGAGAGAGAGAGAGAGAGAGCAGUGUACCUUGGCCGCGAAGGUGCGACCCGGAGAAGAGGUCGAAGAUAGCGGUGAUUAGCUAUAUACUCAGAGCCAUCGGGAGGAGUGCAGUUCCCGGGGAGAUUCGCGAAAGAGCGCGGCUGCGCGCGGCCGCGUAGGCGUGUGCCAGAGAGAGAGAGAGAGAGAUAGAAGAGAGCAGCCAGCCCCCGUGUGUCUCUUCGACGACGAGUUUGCCCUGCCUCUCGACAACGUAGUGUUUGUACGACUGUUCCAGCAGCACUGUCUGUACGCUGUACGUGGGCCAGUAGCAGCAGCGGGAUCGAGGCGAUUCCCUCGUGACAUUUCGCGCGGCGUGCGCUGACUGCACGCCGCCCUGUGUGUUGUUGCCGUGCGUGUGAGUGUGUGCAGUCCGAUUCCCAGAAGCGGACGCCCUGCGGAGCUCGCGAGACUGCGGAGAGCAGCUCUGCGCUGGAAGCAGAGGAGCGGAGGGUGUCGACGUGCCGGCAACGCGACCAGUCAAUUUCCAGAGACAACGCAGCCUCGGCCCGAGUGACCACGUGGACUUGCUGGAAGUAUAGUCCACUGGGGGAAGAGCUACGGCCGCCACCACGGAGGCCGCGGAGAAGCGGACGGAGCUUCGCCCGGACGUCGGCGAAGCCCUCAUCGGUCGUCUCGCGGACGGCAAGCAGCGCCGAGACAAAGGGCUGCGCCCGCUAGACGCGCGUAGACGAAAUAAUAGGAGCGCGAGGCUGGAAUAAAGAAAAAGAGGCGGGCUGCUGUAAUAGAAACUUUGUGCCCACUCGCAGCAGUUACGCUUGGGCCUAGACACAAAGAGGGAGAAAGAGAGAGAGAGAGAGAGCGAGCGGUCGGUCGGGCCCAGGAGGUCGACGAAUUUUCAAGUGCGAAACUUGAGAAGAAGGAGAGAACGGACGAAACGCAACCGCCGCCGCCGCGUUCGUUCAGGUGUGCUUUGCAUCGGCGCAUAUACGAAUUCGGGUUGGUGUGACGUUCGUCUAGUGUCAGUGCUGUGCUCUAGGCAAAGAUAGAUAUACAGAGAGAGAGAGAGAGAGAAAGAGUGUGGCACAGGUCUUCCAAAGAGAGCAAGAGCCUGCAGCGACGAAUACAGAUACAUACAAGGGAGAAAAAGAAUUCCCCUGGAGAGAAGAGAGCAGCAAGAUCGUAUACUUGGUCGAGCAGAGCAGCGCGUGAUCACGUUGUUUGUGCGCGACAACCACGUUGAUUACCACGGAUCAUCCUCGGCAGUUCCUCGCCACGCCUACCCUCGAUGAGAGGAGGCACAUGUCCAUUGCUGCCGCUGAAAAUGCAGGGCCUGGCCCGUGUGACCUGCGGGACCCUCUGUGGGUCAAAAUGAACGCAAUCACUGGCAUCACCACCAAGAAGAGAAAGAAAUCAGAUGCCAAACCACAAUCGCAAAUUAACAAGUGCCUUAACGAGAAACGACGACGGACUCAGGAAAACCUCUUCAUCGAUGAGCUUGCCGAGCUGAUCUCCGCCACGGACAUGAGCUCUGGCAAGACUGACAAAUGUCAGAUUCUCCAGAGAACCGUCGAACAGAUCAGGCACAUCAAUACACAUACGGGCUCCAAUAGUCAUGCUGUGCAGCAAGGAGAAGUAUCCUCCUCGAAUCCUAGCAUACUCUCCAACGAUCAAGUCGGCCCUAUUUUGCUCGAGGCGUUAGAUGGCUUUCUGUUCAUUGUAAACACUGAGGGGCGCGUGGAAUACGUAACGGAUAACAUAACCGAGUAUAUAAAUUACACGAAGAAUGAUGUGCUCGGGAAGGAUAUUUAUAAUAUUAUUCAUCACGGAGAUCACAACAACUUCAUGCCUAACAUUUUGCCGAUGUCAGUAGCAGGCUGGUCGAGCGAGCCUCAGACCCAGACGCGGAACCGUACCUUCGAAUGUCGCUUUCUGGUGAAGCCUCCCGAUGACAAAGAAGAGACUAUGGAAGAGAAGCAGCAACGCGUAUCAAAGUAUGAGACGAUGCAAAUCUGCUCAGCUCUUCUUCCGAGCAACGGCGCCAGCAGCGGCAGCGAGAGACUCGAGCCAGGCGGCGGAAGCAGCGCCGCGAGUAACGUCGUCGGUGGCAACGACGUCUCGUCCGAGUUCUCGGACAUUGGGCCCUGCGUCAUGUGCGUUGCGCGGCGAAUUUCUUUCGACGAGAAGCGCAUCGGCCAGUUUACCCUCAAAUUGGACACGUUCGGCAAGAUCAUGGCCGUCGACACCAACUGGCUGUCGCCCUCUUACUCACAGUACCUAAGCAACAAGAACCUGAUCAACACGAAGAUACAGGACUUGUGCCACCCGAGUGAUCUCAGUAAGCUAACAGCACAUUUGAAGGAUGCGAUUGAAGUCGGCGAAAGUAUGAGCCCGAUAUAUCGGCUGCACAUCUCUUCGGAAAAGUUCCUUAACGUUCAAACAAAGUCAAAGCUCUUCAAAGCAAGUGUGGCGAACAAGCGCGAGACGGACUUUAUUAUGGCCACAAACUCUAUAUUUAGGGAUAGUGACUUAAAUCUCGAGGGUGGUCAGCUUUCCAACAACUCGAAACUCUGCUCAGGACACUCUAGUACGCGCAGUGCGAAUAACAGUAGUAACAGUAACGGUAACAAUAACAAUAACGUGGGCGGUCCACUGAUGUCGGUGGCCGGAAGCCAGCUGAACGGUCAGCUGAGCAGCUCCUCGCCGUCGGCCGGAAGCCGGAGCUCGUUGACGAGCACGAACGCCGGGACCGGCUACCCGGGCUCCAGCGGCUCGGACAGCUCGUCAGCUGUGAACGCCGUGUCCUCGGUCGCGAACGCCGCCUACAACCACUUCAACCCGUCCGGCAUGGACCUCGGCUUCGACCUUGGCUUCCCGCACUCGAGCCUCGAGCUGGACAGCUCGACGCCGUACUGGGCCUGCGAACCAGUGCGCUCUGAGUCGCGGACGAGCCAGGUCAGCGUCCAGUCGCAGCACCAGCAGCAGCAGCACGGCCCGGGCUCGCGGCCGCCCUCCCAGCCGAACGCCACCGCGUCCUCGGCCUCGCCGGCCGCGGUCGUGCCCGCGCACUGCAGCAGCCCCCUGCGCGCCUUCAGCCCCAACGCCGCGAACGCCUUCAGUAAUUCCUUCCCCUUCAGUCCGCUGCAGGAGUCGCAAAGCGCCAGCCUAGGCGGCGCGAGCACGCCCUCCUCGGUCCAGCCGCCCCAGCUGCAGCACAACCAGCCCAGUCCCAUGGAUCAUCGCUCCAACGGACCCUCGCAGCUCGAGCCCGCUGAGCAGCAGCAGCAGCAGCAGCAAUCUCAGCCGCAGCAGCAGGUCUCGACCGAGUCGGGCAGACUGCGGAAUCUGCUGACCAAGGGCAGCAGCGCUAGCGACGACAGCUGCCAGGAGAACGCCUCGACGCAGCCUGGAGGCGGACAGGCCGGACCGGAGGCCGACAAGCCCAGCCAGACCAACAGGAUACUGAAGAUACUGUUGAACCAGCAGGACGAGGACGACUACCACUCGUCGGAGCACGCCGGACCCAAGGCCAUGCGCAACAGUCCAGGGCAGCAGGUGCAACCCAAGCACUCUCCGCACGAGCACAAACCCAACGUCGGCCCCAGCAACAAUAUGCUCCUACAGUUGCUGAACGAGAAGAACGACGACGACGACGAGGAGACUCGCGCGGGCAUGAAGAAGAGGAACGAGCUUCUCACGCAGCUUCUCAAGGAGCCUGAAGACGAAAAGAAGGUUCUGGACCAGAAGAACCGCGACGACGAUCCUUUACUGCGGAGUCUGGGAUUCCGCAACAAUUCGCCGUCGUCGUCACAGUCGGAUCACAGCAGCGGUAGCGUAGGUUUGACCACGGGCCAGAAAAGGCCAGUCGAGGACGGCGAGAUGAACGUGGCGGUAAAGCGAGCGAUGGACGGCUCACAGGUCACCUCCACGGCGAGCAGCAGUAGCAGUGGCUCGAGUAACAAUCCGAGCAAGCUCUGGGAGAAGAAUCGUAUGCUGGCGUCUCUGCUAGCGAAGCAGCCUACCCAGCCCGCAACUAUACCUCCCAUACCCGCCUCUGUGAUAUCGGCUACUCCCCAAGACAAGUUGCCACGAGUCUUGGACCGGAGCAAGCAACAGCAGCAACAGCACCAACAGCAGCACCAACAGCAGCAGCAACAGCAACAGCAUCAACAACAACAGCAGCAGCCCUGGACAAGUAUGCAGUCCGUGGGCAGCAAUUCGACAACGACAACCGCCACCUCCGCGCGGACGCCCAUGCAAAACCAAUCUAGACAACUACCUCGUCAGCCAACCAAUACCUACCUCACUCACUUACAACAAGUUACAAAAAUGGAACAGAUGGAUUCGGAUUUUAUGGGAAACAGAGAUUACAGACAACAAGGUACAGAUCCUUCCGCGUGGGACAUACAGUCUGCUUUGGAUCCAGAUCUCUCAGAUAUCUUAGAUCAAGUCAUAGAUAUAGCUCCAGAAGGUAUUGCAGAUAGCCUAUUAGAUGCCGUACAAGCACAGCGGAACGAAAGGCUGGCGAUAAAUGCCAUACAGGAGUCAUUGAUGCAGAUCGAGACUGCCGUCAAUCCUACGUCUUCCAACAUUACGAUGCCAGGAACUCCUCCAGCAUACUCGACAGCGUUGGCGAAUACGCCUGUAACGUCAAGUCAUAACUACCAGCCACCACCGAUGUAUCAACAGCCGCAGCAGCAACAACAGGCUCGAAUGCGAUUGAAUACUCAACAAGCUGGAAACAGACAAGCCGCAGCACAGUUCUCGCCACAACAACAGCAACAGCAGCAGUUACAGCGUAAAUUAAUGCAACAACAGCAGCAGCAGAUGAAGCAAAGGUUGUUGCAGCAACAGCAACAACAGCAAGUGCUAAUAUCUACAGCGACAGCCACGGACCAAAUAACGGCUGGCAUCCAUACUCUUGAUAAUCUUCUAAAUAAUCUAAAUAAUACUGUAGCCCCAAAUGUUUCACUACAGCGAUCAAGCGUGCCAGAUUCACAAGUGUCCCCGAGUUAUGGAGGAUCCGUCCAGAUGCCUCAAGGGCAGCAUCGCCUUACUCACUCUUAUUCUCACCCCUCCACAUUACCUCAACACCCUGCUGUUAACAACAGUUUUAACAGUGGUCAGCAAGUCUCUGCUGCAGCAAGACUUUCACCACACUCCCCAGCUGGCAUUAUGUCAUUUUCGCACCCACAACCACUGUCUCCUCGGGUGACGCAACAGGGAAACUAUGCCAGUAGUCCGCGCAUGUUUAACGUGAAUCAGGUGCGGCAGCAGCAGCAACCCGGACAACAGCCAGGCCUGCAGCAGCAGCAGAGAUCGAUGUCGUCGCCGGGUACACCCGUCUCGGCGCGACAAUCUCCCUUUCCAGCAGAAGCCUUCCCGCCGCCAGCGUCUCCUACGGCCAGUCAGUUUCCACCAGUUCCAAACUCUAACGUUACGAAUCCGUCAGCGCAGUACAGACUGCAACGCACCACCUCUACACCGUCUGCCACUACGCAAUUACCAGGUGGGGUUGGUUCGCCCUGUCAUUAUGGCGGUGUGGGCAAGGAGCAACCUCUAUUGUCGCCUAGUCAUCCCCUCUCGGGUUGCCCUGCAACACCGACUCAUAAUCAACAUAAUGCCAACAAUACCCAACACUUUUCAAACCAUCAACACCCAUCUAUGUUAUACCACAACGCCGCCGGCGUACAGAGUAGUCAGUACUGUUACGAUCGGACGCCCGUUAAUCUCUAUCAGUCGGGGCCCGGGGAUGCGCAAGACAUUAGGCCUCCGCCUUCCAGUAAUCCUGCUAGUCACCAAAUAGGUGGUAAUACAAGUAGUACAGGUGGUAUUAACUCCGAGUACGUGCGAAAAGAGUUGAGGACGGUCGUCGACGCGAGAAUGCAACAACAGCAGCAGCAGAGGGUACCCAAUAACCUCCAAAACAACCUGACCGCUCAGGUGUCACAGGAAGACUUGGAAUCUCUCGGCUUGACUUACGACAUGGCGUCAACAGGUGAUGCGUUGGUUAGCGAUGGCUCUGCCAAGAGUUGGGCUAUUGGUAGCACCGGAACCGCCCCCUCGUCCUCCAGGACUACUAUGGAAGAGGUGGCCCGAGGUGAUCCAAAGUCGUCGUUGCUGCAGAAGCUGCUGUCAGAGUGACUGGUGGCUGUCCCCCUACAAAGUAAAGAAGUGUAUGUAAUAUAUAUUUGAGUUAAAAGAAAACAGUGGAGGACACAUAAGAAGAGGAUAUAUGCGAUAAACCUACAUACAUAAAAAAAUGCUCUAUACGUAAUGGAUACUAUUGUAUUAUAUGUAAUACCACGUUAAGACAGUAUGCAGAUUAGGAUGACACAUUCUGCAUCAAACUUCAGGUAUCUAUUUUCCGUGGAUUCCUAGUAGUAGCCGAAUAGUCAAGGAAUACGGCAGAUUUUUUUUAGAUUAUUUAAAUAAUUUGUUAGGGUGUCUCCAGGGCCUCAAAGAUUUUGAAAAUUUGUUGACCUACUGAGGCGGUGCGACUGAAAAACUUAACGAGGAGAUCUACAAAACAAUGAAGGUCAUUUUCGCAAACCGUCCCUACCAUAAAUUCUCUUCGGUAGUUUUUAUGGUAGGGUAUGCUCUGUCGUGGCCGAUCGAGGUCCUCUUAGGCACUAAACAAAUAUUUCUAGACGUCUUUUGACCUACAAAUUGCAAAUUUCGAAUGUUUUCUUUAAAUUUGUUUUUAAAAUAAGUUAUUAACAAUUUUUUUUAUUUCACUGGAAAGGUUUGUUAAAUUUUGUAUUAAUUCGCUCGAAUUUGUAGGAUUUAAAAAUGUUGAUUAGAAGCUGAGUUAUUAAAUUCUUGUUUAGUAAUUGUUUAACUUUUGCUUAUUAUUUAUAAUGGUUGUUGUUAAAAGUCUAAGUUAAAGAAAUUAGCAUUUUUUAACUUAAAUUUUUAAAUAUCGAGGUUUAAAGGUGGAAAGAUGUACAUUUUAAACUAAUUCAAAACAGAGAGGCAUCGGCAGAGUUGGGCCUACAAACACCAUGUGUCGUGUUUCUCUGCACCGUAUGGGAAAGGGUCGUUAAAGUAUCAUGUCGGCUCAUCCCUUGAAAAAAUUUACAGCUUUCACCUACUUUUGGAAACUAACUCCGCAACUUUCAUUCAAUUUUACGCACUGUUAUUAUUUCUUUUUCCGCAAAAUUUUAUCUGGGAUUGAUUUUUCAUGAAUUGAAGAACACUGUAAAAUGUACAAGUGCCUUGAAACAAAGGAAAGGGCCCGAAUUAGCUUCCGAAAAAUUAGCUUUAAAAAUCAGCAUUUUUGACCAAAAUAAGGCGUCUUAUUUUUCGUAAUUAUUAACUUAUUUUAGUCAAACUUUCACUAAUCGAUUGUUAUGAACAGUAUUACAUGAUUAACAAGAACACUUUUUAAAAAAUGUACUUGAGUUCAGUUUUAUUUGAGAUAUACCGAAGUUGGCUGUUUGCCCUAUGUUAUUUUCCAUUUAAAAACGAAAACUCCUGGAGACCCCCUAAAAAACUAUUCAAAAAUUCUAAAAAAGAAAUCCGUCAUAUUCCAUGACUAUUCGGCUACUACUACGGAUCCACGGAAAUGAUAUACCUGAAGUCCGAUGCAUAAUGUGUCACCCUAAUGCAGAUAAUGCAUGACUAAAUGCAAUGGAAACUGCGCUACGUGACACUCUCACGGAUUUUGACGGAGCCAUCGUGUUGACAAUGAUUUCGAAGGACAGUGCGCGUGUGUGUGUUUUGACGUUUUCGAUGUCAGAGAAAUGUACAGAGCAAAUUUGCUGCCCGUUCGAGAGAGAGACUUGAUUAACUGGCAUUUAACGUAUAACAAAAGUGGCGAUGCAUGCGGAUCCGUAUGGUACAACGGCAAGGGAACAAAAUGUCAGUACAUUUUACAAAGCUGUGACAGGGUUUUAAAGAGGAAAAUACUUAUUGAAAGGAUAAAGCGUGAUUUUUCGGACGAGCUCUUGAGACGACAUAUAUAAAUAUAUAUAAUAUACCUUUUCCGGUUAACCACUGUUAUUAUUUAUUAUGAAAGUUAUGGUCGAUUUCCGAGUUGUACAUAGAAAAACUAUUCAUGUACAUGUUGCAAGCAGCCAGAUUGAAGAAAGUCUAUAUUGUGCACAUAAUCUGCGAUGGCGUCACGGUAUAACACGAGUUUCAUUGUAUUUAGUAUUACUGAUAAAAAAACUACGUAGGUACCUCAAAGGUAUACUUUAUUAUACUACUGGCUGUUGAACAUAGAAUAAUUAUAGGUUUAAUUAUUGUACACAGGAAAAGAAUAGAGCACUAUCACGUUUUUUCUUAAUUUAACAUCCCGAACUAUAUUAUAUUACGAAUAAUAUAUUUGUGAUUGUAAGAAUCUGCAACCAAAUUGUGACAAAGAAUACUUGUUGUUGUUGUUAUGAUUAUAACUAUUAUAUGAUAACAAUUA